ACUAUAUAUGUGAUUCCAAUUUGAUUUUGAUUUGAUUCUAUUCUAGAAAACUCGCUAGUUCCUUUUCACAAAAUACUCACUCAACACUCCUUCUGAUCCUUUUCUCUUCAUCAAACCCUUUUUUGUAGAUCUUAAUUUGUUGUGCAGACUGGGUUUUCUGGGGUUGUCGCAGUUAUUAAAUUCUUUUCUCAAGCCUGAUAUCCUUGAAGGGUUUCGAUUUCGAGAUGGCCGGCCAUCAAUGCUCGUGGAUUUCGUUAAGAACUCCAAGCUGGAGGUAGUGAUUACCGCCCCUAGAAUUUUAAUGAAAUCCACAAAGUUUCUCAUGUUGAUAUAGUCGGAUAAGGUCAGAAGAGAAACAGAGGAUCGGAUCAAAAAGGAUGAGGAAGAUUAGAGACAAAGAUGAUCCAGAGAAGUACGUAGGUUUGCUUAGAUUAGCUCAAGCGCUUUCGUUUUUGGUAGUUUUUGUUGCGGGUGUGGUUAUUGGUUUAACUAUGAGUUCUCAUAUCAACAACCAAUUUAGUACUCAAUCAGAACUGUAUACUCUAAUGAACCAUGUAUCAAUUGGUGCGGCUGGGGUCAUGGAGGAAGAAAAUUGCAGCAUCUGCGACGAGACUGAUUGUUUGAACAUGGAGACCUUUUUGCAUCCGACCAACGUGACACAUGAUUUGCUGGAUGAUGAGCUUUUCUGGAGAGCUUCCUUGGUGCCCAUGAAAGAAGAGUAUCCUUAUACCAGAAUUCCUAAAUUGGCUUUCAUGUUUUUGACAAGGGGACCGUUGCCAUUGUUGCCACUCUGGGAGAGGUUCUUCCAGGGACAUGAGGAAUUGUUCAACAUAUAUGUCCAUGCACCUCCUGGAUAUACACUCAAUGUGUCCAAUUCUUCUGUUUUCUAUGGACGCCAAAUCCCUAGUCAGGAUGUCUCUUGGGGAACUGUUUCACUAGCAGAUGCUGAGAGGCGCCUUUUAGGCAAUGCACUGCUAGACUUUUCAAACGAGCGAUUUAUUCUUCUCUCCGAGACCUGCAUCCCAGUCUACAACUUCCCUACUGUCUACAGAUACCUCACUGACUCCGUCCACAGUUUUGUUGAGUCCUAUGAUGAUCCUUCUCGAUACGGGCGAGGCCGAUACAGCCGCAGUAUGCUUCCUCACAUUCACCUCAAACACUGGAGAAAAGGGUCUCAGUGGUUCGAAGUUCGUCGUGCUGUGGCUGUUUAUUUAGUGUCUGACACCAAAUACUACACUCUUUUCCGUAAAUACUGUAAGCCUGCUUGCUACCCAGAUGAGCAUUACAUUCCAACAUUCUUGAACAUGUUCUAUGGUCCCAUGAAUGCUAACAGAACAGUCACAUGGGUGAAUUGGUCAAUGGGAGGUCCUCAUCCGGCAACUUACGGCAGAGAAAACGUCACUGUGGGAUUCUUACAGGCUAUAAGGAACAAUGGAACACUUUGUCGAUAUAACUCAGAGAUGACUUCUGUCUGUUUUCUCUUUGCUCGUAAGUUUGACUCAACUGCAUUGGAGCCAUUGCUUAACUUAUCUUCAACAGUCAUGCACUUUUGAAAAUUUUGAUCUACAGAGUGUGUGAGAGAGAAAGUGUGGGGUAUUCAAAAACUAUUUUGUUUUCUACAUAUUGAUAGAGAAGUUAAUGAGAGUAUAGUGAACGAUUUUGCAUGGGUCAAAAUGUAAAACGUAAAGAUUUUCUUGUUCUCACGGAUUUUUUUCUCCUCAAUUUCCCAGUGAGAAGAAGCAAAUAUUUCAGGUCUAACAAUACUCAUUACAUAACCAAG